GUGAUGCCAUUAAGAAUUCUUUCCCGGUUGAUGUUCGUAAAGACAUGACCGUUGGGCACCUCAAAAAAUUGAUCAAGGAGAAGAAAGAACCCCAUUUUAACCAUAUCUCCGCAAACAAACUGAUUUUAUGGAGUGUUAAUAUUCCUACUGAAGGUGAAGAUCUGAAAACCAAAAUAUACGCCGAAAAUAUCAAAGAAAAAUAUCAAGGUAUAAUGUUAUAUCCAUUCAAAACUGUUGGAGAAUAUUUUCACGAAUCCACUAGAAACAUCC